AUGGCGGAAUCGGCACCGAAGGAGGUACAUCCUGUGGAGUCGCCAGUAACUAAGACGAAGUUCGAAUCCAAGGAUUUGGCGACGGAACAGCCCCCGUCAGCAGAGAACCUAGGCCAGAUCGAGGACUACCCGGUGCUGGAUAAAGAAGGCAAGAAGCACACAUUCAAGAGCCUCUAUGCCGGUCCCCAAGCAACAGCUCGCGUCCUAGUGAUCUUUAUUCGUCAUUUCUUCUGCGGAAGCUGUCAAGAGUUCAUCCGCGCUCUUGCAGAAUCGAUGAAGCCAGAAGACUUGCUUCAGUUGCCCAUCAGCACAUCUAUUGUCGUCGUAGGAUGCGGAGACCCGGCUCUGAUUGAUCACUACCACAAGGAAACGGGUUGCCCAUUCCCCAUCUACACCGAUCCCACUAGAAAGCUCUACGCUGAUCUGGACUUGGUCACCUCGUACACGAUGGGAGAGCGCCCUGAAUAUUUCCGCAAGGGCAUGGUGCGCCUGGUCGCGGAAUCGGUGGCUCAAACCCUGAAGCACGUUUCCAGUGGGCUGAUGACCAAGGCGGGCGAUUCCAGUCAAAAUGGCGGGGAAUUCCUGUUUGAGUCUAUGGGCGAAGAUGAUAAGCAAGUUACUUGGUGCCACCGCAUGACAAAUACGCGAGACCAUUCUUCAAUCUCGACAUUGGCACAUCUUCUGGACUCGGAGGGCCGAGUGCUGCAGGUGAAGAAGAACUAG